AUGACGACAGGAGAAAGCGAGAAAUUAAUGAUGUUGAUGGAGGAAAAAUAUGUUGAAGAAGAUCGCUUAGCUUUUAAGGGAAUGAAAGAGAGUGUUUGGCAGUUAGCUCUUAAUAUCAUUCACAAUGUUCCGGAUUUUAAUUCUCAACAACUUUAUCCGCACGAAGGAAGCUUUGACAUUUUCGUGACUUUAACAAAUUUCAUGUCUCCGAACCCGAACCUUCGUCUCUUUUUGAAUUUAUUUAAAGUUCAAAUGAAAGUUAGCUCGUUAAAGCAUUCUCCUCCCUUCAAAAACCCCAAGCCACCGCCAAUGCUUUUAAAACCGCACACGACAAAAUAUGAUGAUAAGAUAUAA